AUGCUCCCUGGUGUGGCCACUGUAAACAGCUGGAGCCACUUUAUGCAGAGGCUGCUGGGAAGCUGAAGGAGGAGGGAGCAGCGAUGCGUUUGGCCAAAGUGGACGCCACAGAGGAGAAGGAGCUGGCCGAAGAGUUUGACAUCGGAAGUUUCCCCACUCUGAAACUGUUCGUCAACGGAGACCGCAAACAGCCCGUCGCCUACACUGGUAAGAGAACCGCCGAGGGAAUAAUCGGGUGGAUGAAGCGUCGUGCAGGCCCUGGGGCUCCAGUGCUCGACUCUGUCGACUCUGCAGCUCAGUUCAUAGACUCCCACAACAUCACUGUUGUGGGAUUCUUUGAUGAUCUUGAAAGUGAGGCGGCCAAGGUGUUCAAGGAGCUUGCUUUGGAUAUUACUGACACAGAGUUUGCUGUGUCAGCGAGUCCGGAGGUUUUCCAGAAGUAUGAAGUAAAAACCAGCUCAGUGGUGCUUUUUAAAAAGUUUGAUGACGGCAGAGCAGACUUUUCAUUGUCAGAGGACGGGAAGUUGGACAAAACAAGUCUGACCACCUUCAUCAAGGAAAACAGCCUGGAGCUGAUCAUCCCGUUCAGCCAGGAGUCUGCAGAGAAGAUCUUCACCUCCAGCAUCCACAUGCACAGCCUGCUGUUCAUCAACUCCUCUGUGGAGAGUCAGAAGGCCCUAGUGGACCAAUCCAGGACCAUCGCCAAAGAGUUCAAGGGAAAG